AUUUUUGAAAAUCCGCGACAACUCCAUUGCGGUCAUUCGUUGUGUUCACAUUGUGUUGAUCGUCUGAUUGAGCUUCGCAAUGAAACUCCCCGAGUGGUGCUCGGCCUCGGUGGUACUCGUCAGUUGGCCGGUUACCCGAUUCAUAUCCAGUGUCCAGUGUGUCGCGUCUCAACGGGUGUUCCAAACGAGGGACUACCAGUCAACUAUGCACUUUGUGAGUUAAUCGAUCGUGUUCAUAAAACGCAAGAACUGAAGCGUGACUGUAAUCACUGCCAAAAGGCCGUCAACUACGGAGCGCAAAUGUUUUGUGUCACAUGUUCACAAAAUGCGAACACACCGUCGUGUAUUUUAUGUAUCAAAUGUGCAUUGAAUGAACAUGCUAAAAGUGGACAUACAAUCGAUCAAAUUGAACCAGCAUCCGAAGAAGCACGGCGAGAUGCCAUUCAACAGAUUACCGAACUGCGCCAGUCAACGUCCAUUUCCGUGAGUGAGUGUAAUAGGGCGAAUGAGUCGUUUGCAAAGGAUUUGGAACAAUAUUCGAAUGUGAGUUGUCAUCUCAUGCAGUGA